GACGUGUAUUCUCGAUUUCAGGAUAUGGACCUCAUAGAGGUUCUUUGGAAGCAAGAUGUGGAUCUGGGAUUCACGCCGGUGGAACCGGCUACGACACCGACCAAAAAGCCGUCUACAUCGGAAAAAGAAUCAGCGGAUGAAAUCGAGAAGCUGAAAGCUUUGGAAGCUAUUAACGCUACUUAUCAGAAGGACGAUGCCAAAGAGUCCGAGCCACAGGAAGAUGAUCCAUGGGCAGGACUUCCCUACACCGUAGAUCUUGAAACUGGUAAGCUUAUUUGGAUUGUUUAUUUUUUUAAAUACUUUCGAAAUUCCUUAAUAAAACGGAAGUUUUAUUUAUUAAAGGUGAUAUUAAUCAGGCUAUUUUGUAAUCGAGAUUAUACGAGAAAAUACAAUUAAUUUUUUUUACUUUGCCUGCGUUCGCGUAAGGCAUCGCAAUUUUUAUCUUAUGCGUUUAUCAGAGACGAUCGAAAUCCCGUUUUCGGAUACCAAAGAGUCAGUCGGCGCACAUGCUGUGCGUGUUUCGCGUUAGUCCGUGUGCCGGCAAGAACAGCUAAAUACAUCUGGCGCUCGCGGCUCUUUACGUCGGAAGCGUAUCGAAUUAACGCGGCAAUUUGUAAGAGCCAAUCCGAACAUUCACUAUAGUCCAAGCUUGCCGCACCUGGCCGCACCUUUGCGAGGCUAAUUAGCAUAAACACGCCGACCGAAUGCACUUCGCUGGCCAUUCCUUUGGAAAUACACCAUACACCGUGAAAUACCCUAUCGCCAUGCAUCAUGAAAAACAUAUAAUUGAAGACGUGCGGUCUUAAAUGCAUUAAGCGCCAAAUUAUAAGUAGUUUAAUUACAUUGUAAAAAUGCGAACUUUAAUAAUAACGAAUAAUCAAAACGAAAGUAAUUAAAAAUGGACUAUUAUAGUUUUUCAUAGAAAGCACUUUUUCAGCGACCGAAGAUUUAUAUUUAUGCAAUUAAAUAAUCAAUUCGCUUGAAAAUAAAGACCAGACGCAAUGUAUGAUUAAUAGACUUAUCGUGCAAAUGGAACGUACGUCACAUACAUAUACAGGUAUAACAGUUGGUAGCGGACGCGUUAAUAGACCCGACUGCAUCUCGUUCUCUCUUUUUUAAAAUCGUUUCUUUGGCAUUCUUGCCGCGCGCUUUCUGUCGCAUAAUGAAAAGGGAGGUAAGUACAUUAACGGCGAGAAAUGUUAUGCGACACGAACCGCAUGUGGGAGAAUGUCGAGGACACUCGCGCGAAUGUCGGCGAGAGAGAUGGAGGGAGACUGUAACGAGCGCGCAUGCAACGCGCCGUGGCGUCUACCUGCAUACCAAGGUGCACUUUGUUCAGGUAUAUAACCACGGGUUUCCAGGCAGGCAGGUUCCAGUUCCGGACGACUCGAGGCUGGGGAGUGGCUUCAGGAACGCCCUCGCUCUACCUUCCUCCCUACCUCUCCUUCCAACCCCACCAGCCUGUCCAGCCCUUCUGUCGGGUGCGGUUCCCCUCCGUUCUCUUUCUCUCUAUUUCUCUCUCUCUCUCUCUCUCUCUCUCUCUCUCUCUCUCUCUCUCUCUCUUUCUCUCUCUCUCUCUCUCUGCAUUUAAUUACUUUGCGCCCGACAGAAUAUACGCCUAGCUACGAGACACUCUACGUCGAGCGUGCUAUCAACGGUUGACGAAGGGUCCGCUUGUUAAAUUCUCCUUAGAAAUUCAUAUAUUGAGAUCCUACUCAUACGUGUAACUGUGAGGAUUAUCUUGACAAUUGACAAUUUUGAAAUGUUUGAGAACCAGAGAAAAUGUGAACGGUUGUCUUUAUGUAGAAUUUGGAAAGAAUAUCAGAUAUUCUAAUAGUGAAGCGAAUUCUUAUUGAAUAACUAGAUUGCUUACGUUAUUGUAUUUUUUCUUUCAUUUUUAUUUAAAAAAGUUAAAAAAAGAAAUUGUUUACAUGUCAUAGAGUUAUACUUUGUUUUUGUAUUUUCUUUAGCCGUAAGUACGAGAUAAGCCGCAUUUCAAAACUAAUAUUAGAGUGCAAGAGAGCGCUAUAAUUCAAAGUAUUCGUUCGUUUACGACGACGAAAUGAAUUAAUCGGACAGAGCGGUAAUAACUUUUUGAGCAGAGAAUGGACCAAGAAGAGCAGCAGAGCUCAUUACGCGGUUAUCUCGUCGUCGAUCAAUCGAGAUAUUCGGCGCAUGGCGUGUAUGAUUAAUGAGUUACUAGACUAAUACAUAAGAAAUUCUUCCAUCAUCCUUAUUCCGUAGGGCUUGAUGGAAGAAAAUGGUGGUCCGACAUAACAUAGAGCAAAAGAGCUACGUGAUGCGUGCGCUGAAGUAGAAAUGGCGAAUUGAUGACUAGAAAUUAAUUGUAAAGAGCUAAAGUAGUCGAAGCAAAUCGCAAUACGGGUCAUAAAGUUCAUAUAUAUAUACAUAUAUAUAUAUUUAUACGGAAUUGAAAAAAAUAUUUUCAGCUAAUCUUCGUUGCAGUUAUGCAGUCGUUUAUCAUAUAUUAAUUUAUUUGUUUGAGAAAGAUGGACACGGAAAAAUAUGGAUAAAUGGACAGAUAAAUAUAGUUAACACAUUAUUGCUACUCUCUUGAUUUGUACAACGUGUCUCGUAUUUUUGAUUAUCUUGUAAUUUAAUUUUUUCAUGAUAAAUCCGCAAAAAAUAAGAAAAUUUCGUUUCUUAGUCAAUAUAAUAAGUAAUUUUGUUUCAAUCUAAAUUUAAGUUACAAUUUAAUAUUUGAAGGUAAGAAUAUUUAUUAUUAAAUUUGCAAAAAGUUGUAAAAAGUAUCUAUUUAUUUUAUCGUUGUAUUUUCUAUGAAGAAAAAUCAGAUCUUUGAAUUUAUCAUAAAAUUUAUGUUAAAAAAAUUUGUGCCGCUUAUAACAUAAACUGCAUUAGUAUUUGCAUGAAAAAUCAUAAUAUAUUUACAAAGCGAAUUUCGUGCCAAUCGCGAUAUUCGCGCGCGGAGUUGGUGGUUCGAAAUGAAAA